AUGGCAGCUCUUGCACCUAUCACCGGAACUCUAAGAAAAAAAAUCAUCGCCGAUGUCACCAUUGGGUUUGCCAUUGGUGGUGUUAUGGGCAGCGCUUACUGGUGGGGAUUCCACAAAAAGCUGGUUGGCAAAAGAGAGGCACAUUACGAGAAACUAGCGGCCGAAAAAGCGGCUGAGAACUGA